CAUUCAUCGGUCUUUAUGAAGAUAAUGAAGAAGAGGUCAUGAAAGCAGCAUUAGAGUUAAAAGCAUUGGACAUGGAUAGUAAUAGAUUAGUUAUAAUUUUUAUAGUAUUUCCAAAUAAUGAAGGAAAUGG